ACAAGUUCCGGAUCAAGAAUCGCAAAGCGAGCAGUCAUUCUUCCUCUUGCUACACCCACUGGGUCCGCACUAAGAGCCGAACUGAAAUCCCGCGAGGAUCAACCGAGCUCGACGAAAGCAGGGAGGAACGUUUCCCUUCUGGAGGCGGUCUCCGGGGGCAGAGGGACCGGACCGGAAGUGACGUGAGCGGGUUCCGGUUGGCCGGAGCCCAGCGGCGGGUGUGAGAGUCGGUCAGGAGCAGCUUCCAGGAUCCUGAGAUCCGGAGAAGCCGGGGUCGGAGCGGGUAGGUAAACUAACUCAGGGAAUUGGGGACCGAAGCCUGAGGCUGUCCUCAGAGCUUGGCGUCUUCCGGAACUCUCCUACUUAGGCAUUGCAGAUCUGGGGCACCGUGAUUCCGACUUCCAGCAGUGUUUUAGGACGCUGCUGACAGGAUGUCUCACCCUGGCGGUAGCCAGGUUAUUUGGGACACCCCCUCAUGGCUGGUCACCCGGACAUUGAACCCAGACACAGGACUCCCGGCUGUUCGUUCUCCUCUCCGCGGACUUGGAAGCCUUGCUAGGCUUCUUUAGAGAACAUCUUAGUCCCGGGAUGUCCAGGACCUUGGACUCCUCAAGAGUUACUGAUCUAUGAAAUGGCAGAGAAUGGAAAAAAUUGUGACCAGAGACGUGUAGCAAUGAACAAGGAACAACAUAAUGGAAAUUUCACAGACCCCUCUUCAGUGAACGAAAAGAAGAGGCGGGAGCGGGAAGAAAGGCAGAAUAUUGUCCUGUGGAGACAGCCACUGAUUACCUUGCAGUAUUUUUCUCUGGAAAUCCUUGUAAUCUUGAAGGAAUGGACCUCAAAAUUAUGGCAUCGUCAAAGCAUUGUGGUGUCUUUUUUACUGCUGCUUGCUGUGCUUAUAGCUACGUAUUAUGUUGAAGGAGCGCAUCAACAGUAUGUGCAACGUAUAGAGAAACAGUUUCUUUUGUAUGCCUACUGGAUAGGCUUAGGAAUUUUGUCUUCUGUUGGGCUUGGAACAGGGCUGCACACCUUUCUGCUUUACCUGGGUCCACAUAUAGCCUCAGUUACAUUAGCUGCUUAUGAAUGCAAUUCAGUUAAUUUUCCUGAACCACCCUAUCCUGAUCAGAUUAUUUGUCCAGAUGAAGAGGGCACUGAAGGAACCAUUUCUUUGUGGAGUAUCAUCUCAAAAGUUAGGAUUGAAGCCUGCAUGUGGGGUAUCGGUACAGCAAUUGGAGAGCUGCCUCCAUAUUUCAUGGCCAGAGCAGCUCGCCUCUCAGGUGCUGAACCAGAUGAUGAAGAGUAUCAGGAAUUUGAAGAGAUGCUGGAACAUGCAGAGUCUGCACAAGACUUUGCCUCCCGGGCCAAACUGGCAGUUCAGAACCUAGUACAGAAAGUUGGAUUUUUUGGAAUUUUGGCCUGUGCUUCAAUUCCAAAUCCUCUAUUUGAUCUGGCUGGAAUAACGUGUGGACACUUUCUGGUACCUUUUUGGACCUUCUUUGGUGCAACCCUAAUUGGAAAAGCAAUAAUAAAAAUGCAUAUCCAGAAAAUUUUUGUUAUAAUAACAUUCAGCAAGCACAUAGUGGAGCAAAUGGUGGCUUUCAUUGGUGCUGUCCCCGGCAUAGGUCCAUCUCUGCAGAAGCCAUUUCAGGAGUACCUGGAGGCUCAACGGCAGAAGCUUCACCACAGAAGCGAAAUGGGCACACCACAGGGAGAAAACUGGUUGUCCUGGAUGUUUGAAAAGUUGGUCGUUGUGAUGGUGUGUUACUUCAUCCUAUCUAUCAUUAACUCCAUGGCACAAAGUUAUGCCAAACGAAUCCAGCAGCGGUUGAACUCAGAGGAGAAAACUAAAUAAGCAGAGAAAGUUUCAAACUGCAGAAAUUGGAGUGGAUGGGUUCUGCCUUCAAUUGGGAGGACUCCAAGCCAGGAAGGAAAAUUCCCUUUUCCAACCUGUAUCAAUUUUUACAACUUUUUUCCUGAAAGCAGUUCAGUCCAUACUUUGCACUGACAUACUUUUUCCUUCUGUGCUAAGGUAAGGUAUCCACCCUCAAUCCAAUCCACCUUGUGUGUUCUUAGGGUGGAAUGUGAUGUUCAGCAGCAAACUUGCAACAGACUGGCCUUCUGUUUGUUACUUUCAAAAGGCCCACAUGAUACAAUUAGAGAAUUCCCACCACACAAAAAAAGUUCCUAAGUAUGUUAAAUAUGUCAAGCUUUUUAGGCUUGUCACAAAUGAUUGCUUUGUUUUCCUAAGUCAUCAAAAUGUAUAUAAAUUAUCUAGAUUGGAUAACAGUCUUGCAUGUUUAUCAUGUUACAAUUUAAUAUUCCAUCCUGCCCAACCUUCCUCUCCCACCCUCAAAAAAGGGCCAUUUUAUGAUGCAUUGCACACCCUCUGGGGAAAUUGAUCUUUAAAUUUUGAGACAGUAUAAGGAAAAUCUGGUUGGUGUCUUACAAGUGAGCUGACACCAUUUUUUAUUCUGUAUAUUUAGAAUGAAGUCUUGGAAAAAACUUUAUAAAGACAUCUUUGAUCAUUCCAAAAUUGUGUCCGUUUUCUUGAGCGUUUUGAUUUUUUACUUUUAGCUUAUACCAGCUGAAUGGCAGCCUUGCCUAAUCCACCUACAACAAGAUUUCUUAAGCCUUCUUUUAUUUGCAUGAGAGAGCCACUACCAAGGCAUGUUUUGUUAUGCUGAGACUGGGCUGCUGCAUACUGCUAAAUGGUACCUCUGGGAUUGGCCUACCUGGGAAUUUCUUGGUUUGUGAAAAUAGGAGAGGAGAGAUAUUUCAUACAAGUGAAAGGAUACUGGAGAGAGAAAUUACCCAUUUCUAAAAAGAACCACACUCUGUCGUAUCUGUGUUAAUGUUUUCUAGCCUGUACUCUGGUUUCAACAGACACAAAUUUAUAUGUAACCUAGUUUUCUUGCCUUUCUGUAAGUGUUUUAUUCUUAAUGUUAUUUUUUUCCAUUGGGACGUUUUUGAUUGAACUUGUUCAUUUUGUUUUGCUUGGGAGGAAAAUAAGCAAUUUUACUUUUUCCUUUAGGAGCAUUAUGAGCAUUAUGUCAGAAUAGAAUAGAAUUGGGGUUCGAUCUCAACAGGCCGGAAAUGCCUGGGUUUUUUUGUUUUUGUUUUUGUUUUUUAUCAAAUCCUGCCUGAAUGUCUGCUUGUUUUGCCUACCAUCGUGACAUCUCCAUGGCUGUACCACCUUGUCGGGUAGCUUAUCAGACUGAUGUUGACUGUUGAAUCUCAUGGCAACACCAGUCGAUGGGCUGUCUGACAUUUUGGUAUCUUUCAUCUGACCAUCCAUAUCCAAUGUUCUCAUUUAAACAUUACCCAGCAUCAUUGUAUAUAAUCAGAAACUCUGGUCCUUCUGUCUGGUGGCACUUUGAGUCUUUUGUGCCAUAAUGCAGCAGUGUGGAGGGAGGAUUUUAUGGGGAAAUGGGGAUAGUUUUCAUGACCACAAAUAAAUAAAUAAGGAAAAGUAAGCUGCAUUGUGGGUUUUGAAAAGGUUAUUAUACUUCUUAACAAUUUUUUUUUCAGGGACUUUUGUAGCAGUAUGACUGUUACUUGACCUUCUUCGAAAAGAAUUCCCAAAACGCUUUAUUUUAGAUAGAUUAACAUUAACCAACAUAUUUUUUUUUAGAUCAAGUCAGAAUAAAUUUCUAAGUCGGCCUCUAGUCAUGUUUCAUCUCUUUCACCUGCAUUUUAUUUGGUGUUUGUCUGAAAGGAAAGAGGAAAGCAAAUACGAAUUGUACUAUUUGUACCAAAUCUUUGGGAUUCGUUGGCAAAUAAUUUCAGUAUGGUGUAUUAUUAAAUAGAAAAAAAAAUGUGUUCCCUAGGUUGAAGGUGUAAUUGAUACGUUUGACUUAUGAUGACCGUUUAUGCACUCUUUCAAAUGAAUUUGCUUUCAAAAUAAAUGAAAAACAGCUCUCCUUCUUUCCUCUUUUAAGUGUUCAGCUGUGGCAUGCCCAAAGGUUCCUGCUGGAUUCCAGCUGGGGCGGUGUGAUACCCUUCUUUUUCAGCUGUUCGUGCCUUCCUUUUUCGUUUUUCGUAUCCACCAAAGUGGAGACAACUACAUGAUCCCAAAGAUACACAGUACCUACUUAAUUCCAGCUGAUGAGACACCAGAGCAUUUGCAAGUGGAUGGUUUGGUAUCACCGUAAAUAAAAAGAGGGCCUGGGAAUU